ACUCAUCACAGGCGCCGAGGAGGGAAUAGGCUAUGGACUUAAACGAGGCAUCCCUUCCUUUAAGACAUUUGGGACUCACAGGCAGGGCAGGCUAUAGUUGGACACCUUCUCCGUGCGGUGGCCGCUUGAGGUCAGAGUGAGCCGCGCAACAGAUGCCGCAUCGAGAAAUAAGCCUUUAAUACCCCCAGGACUUGGGAAAGGGUAACCACACUCAACGCGCAGGACAGGCUCGAGUGAAACUCCCUCAGAAAACUCAUCCAGUCUCCAAUUUUUUUUGUCCUGUACGUGGCGGUUUGGGCUAUACCUGCCCAUUACGCAUACAGAAUUAACGCAUAGUUUGGAGUUGCGCGCAUCCGCACAUCGGAUUCAUCCACCUGAUCUCAUGGCCUGCGUGUCCACACCUCCUUCACUGGAGCCAGGCGAACGGUAACUUCAACAGGGUUUUAAAAACCGUGGAAUACCGUCUGCGGACACUCUGAACCACCAUGCCGCCCAAAAAGAAGGGAGAGCGUCAGGACUCGGAUGUCGUGGAGGAAAGAAACGCCCAGGUGCAGCUGGAGAAGGCCAAGUACAAGCCUGUGGCGUUUGCUGUACGUUGCAACUUCUCCUACACACCAGCUGAUGACGACAAUGUGCCCGUGCCAGGCCAGGCUGUCACCUUCGAGGCCAGAGACUUCCUGCAUGUCAAAGAGAAAUUUAACAACGAGUGGUGGAUCGGACGGCCGGUGAAGGAAGAUGGUGUGGUGGGCUUCGUUCCCAGCCCAGUCAACCUGGAAACCAUUCUCAUCAGAAGAGAAGUCCAAGCAAGGAAAGCUGCCAAGGCCUUAGCCAGUAAAGCGGCAUCUCAAGCAGCUCAAGAUAUGAACGCAAAGAAAUAUACUCCUCCAUCACAAGCCAACCAGCAGGUCAAAAAGAAACCAGGCGAGCAGACGGCCAUGUAUGAUGUAGUGCCUACAAUGCGUCCUGUGGUUCUAAUGGGACCAUCACUGAAGGGCUUAGAGGUUACAGAUAUGAUGCAAAAAGCUCUAUUUGACUUUUUAAAACAUCGAUUUGAAGGCAGAAUUACCAUCACACGGGUCAUGGCUGACAUCUCUAUGGCUAAACGCUCCAUCCUCAAUAACCCUGGCAAAAAGGCCUUAAUGGACCGUUCCAACACCCGUUCAAAUUUAGCCCAGAUCCAGGGGGAGGUGGAGCGCAUCUUCGAGCUCGCCCGCAGCCUGCAGCUGGUGAUUUUGGAUGCAGACACAGUCAACCACCCUCUGCAGGUUGCCAAGACCUCUCUCGCUCCAAUCCUCGUGUACGUGAAGAUCUCCUCACCAAAAGUGUUGACAAGACUGAUCAAGACAAGAGGGAAGUCUCAGACCAAACAUCUCAACGUUCAGCUUGUGGCAGCAGACAAGCUUGCUCAAUGUCCGCCGGAAAUGUUUGACGUAAUCUUAGAUGAGAACCAGCUUACAGACGCCUGUGAGCACAUCGCUGAUUACCUGGAGUCCUACUGGAGAGCCACCCACCCACCAGAGAUGGAGAAUGCUAAUGCACUGGUGGCCCAGCUGGCCGAGAACACACUGCCUAUCAAUCCUACAACAAAACCGGAUGAACAGAAGAGUAAGAAGUCGGCUGCCUCCAAGAGGAAGAGUUCCCGUGAGAACCACCCUGACAAAGAGCCCCCUUCAGCCGUAGCUCAGAGGCAGAGAGCUGAAGAAGGCCAAAGAGUAGAUGAGGAGCAGGAGGAGGAGGAGGAGGAGCGGCUUCUGAGGACUGAGCCAAAGAGAUCCCAGCACACCCACCACCAUCACCACCACCACCGUCGGAUGGAGCACCACAGCCACACCCAGCACAGCCAAAUGUCCGGUGGCAUGGACAUACAGUCGAGCAGGGAUUACAGCCACAGGCUUGCACAAAGGCACCAGCCCGAAGAGAGAGAGGAUGAGGUGGUGGAUGGGGACGAGGAGGAUACGCGUUAUAAUCACCGAAGCCAUGACCACCACCAACACCACAACAGCAACCACCAACAUCACCACCACCACCACCAUCACCGUGGAAACGGCCAGCCGCGCGACAGGGAUGACUAUGAGCAGGAGCACAAUGAACGCAACCGGAGGCAAAGACACCACCAGCAUAUUCCACCGCGGGCUCAUCCCACAGAACACAAUCCUGCACACAACCAUCACAACUACCACCAUUACCACGGCAGAGACAGGCACAGAGACCGAGAAAGAGACAGAGAGCGGCACAAGGACAGAGACAGAGAACGAUGUGGAGACAGAGAUGCGCGACAGUGGCACAGAGAUUCCUAUAUAGAUGAGUGACUGUUGUUUUUACCGUGGGGUGGUACCCACGGUGAAAUGAUACUCAUUUUAUAAUGCACUUAUGGGCAGACUGUUGUCAUCCUUGCAGGACAUUGUUCUGCUCGUUUCUCCUGUUUCUUUUUCCUUUUUUUAAAACAUCCUUACCCUCAAUCACACGCUCAUACACCUGGUCCUUUUUUCUUGCUUUUCAACACAAAGAAAUGAGUCAUUUGUAGGAUGAAUUUUUGUCUUAUUUGAAAUAAUUUUCAGACAGCGGUCUUAGUGUGGUUCUGCACAAAUAAUAUUAAAGACUAAAGAUUUGAACCCCCACCCCCCCAUCCCCCAUGCCUUUGGUUACUUCUGCUACCAGUUGCUGUCAAUUGUUUUUUUCUUUUGAGGUAGCGUUUCUCAAAAAAUGCAGAAAAGAAUACAAAUAUCUUUAAUAAUUCCCCCUCCUUAAUAUUGCUAAAGAAUGUAAACUGUGAUAGUUCAUCAUCCAACAAAUGACAUAACAGAAAUUUCUAAAAUAAAAAUAAAUAAAUAUCUAGAAAGGAAUUAAAACAAUCGGUUAGAUUCUAAACAUCUUUUAGUUUCAACCUCUCAGAUGUUUGAAUUUGAGGCUUAAUCUUGGUCUGUCGCCAAAGUGAGAGGAUUUAGAUGAAAUAAAAGGAAAUUAAACAAUGCAGGUUGCAUUCUAGGUUUUUAAUUUUUACAGAUUUAAGGAUGUUCUGCUUGUUUCUAUGUUUUACACAAAAACAUGGAGAACAACUUAUUUUUUCUUGUGUAAUGCUAAGACCUUGCUCUGCCCCCUUGUGUUUCAGUUUGUGCAUCUUCAAAAUCCAAUAGUUUAUUUUAAACAUUGGUAGGAAAAGUCUUGUUAUUUUUCUAUAUGAUUCCUUCAGAAAGUUCUACUUUGCUCCCUACUUUUUGAAAUGGUGUUCAAAUAUAUAAACUGAUAUGCAUUUGUUCUGUGUGGAAGCAUGACUAGUCGUAUGGUAAACUGACCUAUAUGCUGGAUACUCUAUGCAUCUUCUUGUCUAUUUUCUUGUGAUAAAACAUAUUGCUUGAAUACAAUCUCUAUGCAUUUGUAUAUACUUCAUAAAUGCCUUGUUAUGUACAUGUAAAGAGAACCACAGAGCCUGUUGCACUGUUUGCUAGUUAUAAUGUAUUUGAUUGGUUUGAUUUAAAACAACUGAGUUGAAUAUGUUCCUUUACAGAUUAGGUUUGGUUAUAUUAUUUUGUACAGAACUCAAAAGCUACUGUAUUUUGAAAAAAAAAAGAAAAAAAAAGCAUUCUUUUGUUGACCAUCA